CACAAUCAUUGCCACACUUUUCGUUUACAACUCUAGAUACAGCUACAGCAAAUCCAGAAAACUUAAAGAUGGAUAGUGAUGCAUCCUCAAUAAGUGAAGCUAGUUCAAAUAGUGCACUAGGAGACACUGACGCUGCAAAGUCUUCCCAAGUUUCUAGAUGUCAAGAGUAUCGGAUGACUUUACUAGAUUUAUACUCUGGAUGUGGAGCCAUGUCAACUGGUCUCUGCCUUGGAGCAUCCGUAUCUGGUUUGAAACUGGUUACUCGGUGGGCUGUGGAUAUAAAUUCUAAUGCAUGCGAAAGUUUAAAGUUGAACCAUCCUGAAACUGAGGUGAGAAAUGAAGCAGCAGAAGAUUUCCUAUCUUUGCUUAAGGAGUGGGAAAAGCUUUGUAAAGAAUUUCAAUUGUUGGGUUCCCAUCAAUCAGAAGAUUCCAAUUCUGAACAAAACAGCUUGGACAGUGAUGAUGAUGUUGAUGAUGGCUCUAAGGUUCCUUCUGGAGAGUUCGAAGUGGGAAAAUUACUGGCCAUUUGUUAUGGUGACCCAAACAGUGUCAACAAACAUGGGCUGUAUUUUAAGGUGCGUUGGAGGGGCUAUGGGCCAAGUGAAGACACUUGGGAGCCAAUUGAUGGUUUAAGUAAUUGCACUGACAGUAUAAAGGAAUUUGUGACAAGAGGGUUUAAAUCAAAGAUUUUGCCUCUUCCAGGUGAUGCUGAUUUUAUAUGUGGAGGCCCUCCAUGUCAAGGGAUGAGUGGUUUCAAUCGUUUUAGAAAUUUUAUUGACCCUUUGAAGGAUCCAAAGAACUAUCAACUUGAGGUGUUUAUGAAUAUUGUUGGAUUUUUGAAGCCGAAGUAUGUUUUAAUGGAGAAUGUUGUUGAUAUAUUGAAACUAUCUGGAGGAGUUUUGGGUUGUUAUGCCGUUGGUCGGUUAGUUUCUAUGGACUACCAAGCUCGACUGGGAAUACUUGCUGCGGGGUCAUUUGGAGUUCCUCAAUGUCGGAUGCGAGUCUUCCUUUGGGGUGCAUAUCAAAUGGAGAAGUUGCCUCAAUAUCCUUUACCUACACACGAGUUUGUUGGGAAAGGGGUUUGUCCAGUUGAAUUCAAGGAAAUUGUUGUCUGGUAUGAAAAAGGGCAAGCAUGCAAGUUGGAAAAGAGUGUUGUACUUUCUGAUGCAAUAUCUGAGUUACCAGCGGUUACUAAUUAUGAUAGUCAAGAUGAAAUGGUGUAUUGUCAUGCUCCUUGCACCGAUUUUAUUCUUGCCUUUCAAAUUAAUGGCCAUGCUUUGUAUACUUUUUACCUAUGA